AUGUCUGCUUGCAAAGUUUUUCUUUCCAUCCCGUCCGAAGACUUGCUGUCUUCGGCAGAAACAGUAGCGGAGUCACUAAGCUCGAAGUACAGUGUUGCUGAUAUCACUAUCCGUUCCGCAAAAGCUCCAUUGGAUAGAUUGCUGGCCAAUCUUUCGGAAACACCUGUAGUCUUUGUAUUCUUUUCUGGAUCUUCAAGUGCUGUUUCCCAAAUGUUGGCUGAAGAAUCACCCUACCCAGUCGUGGAGGUGGAUGGAUCUUUGGAAGCUGCUGAUAUUGCUUGGACCGUUGCCAAAGUCUGCAGUCUGGAAAGCACCUCUGUUCGAACACAAGUCCAUCAGGCCGCUAUGGAACGUCGUCAGGCCAAGCUGGUGGCAGAUGCCCAGCUUCAGACCAAGUCUCUCAAAUACCAAAAGAUCAUUUCUACAUCCUUUGACGGAAGCCUUCAAAUUACAGGAGAAAAGACGGGGCUUGAAUCCAAGCGUGGCAAGGUUCGAGAUCGCGUCGAAAUUGAUGACAAGUCACUAGCUUUGAUCACAACCGAUCGUCAAUCAGGUUUCGAUCGUCAGUUGGCCCUGGUACCAUUCAAAGGUGCUGUCCUCAAUCUUACCAGUGCAUUUUGGUUUGAAAAGACCAAAGAUAUCAUUCCCAAUCACAUUUUGUCCAUCCCACAUCCAUACGUGACGAUUGCCAAAAAGUGCGAGCCAUUCCCUAUCGAGUUCGUUGUUCGAUCGUACAUGACUGGGUCAACAUCGACGUCGAUUUGGAAAAAUUACCAAAAUGGUGUUCGCAACUACUGUGGACAUGAAUUGCCAGAGGGAAUGAAAAAGAACCAAAAACUGGAGAAGAAUAUUCUAACACCAACUACCAAGGAAGAGGAACACGACCGCCCUAUUUCCAUGAAGGAGAUUGUCGACGAAAAGUGGAUGACCCAAGCAGACUUGGACGUCUGUGCCGCAGCUGCACUCAAGGUCUUUGCCCUUGGUCAAAAGAUUGCUGCCGAGCACGGAUUGAUUUUGGUGGACACAAAGUAUGAAUUUGGUCGUGACUUGAACACUGGAGAGAUCCUCUUGAUUGACGAGGUUCACACUCCUGAUUCUUCUCGAUACUGGUUGGCAAAUUCCUAUGCUGACCGCAUUGAGGCCGGCAUGGAACCAGAGAACAUUGACAAGGAAUUCCUCCGAUUGUGGUUCCGAGAUCAUUGCGACCCCUACAAGGACGAAGUUAUUCCAGACGCCCCGCGUGAUCUCGUACUAGAACUUUCUCGCAGAUAUAUCACACUUUUUGAAAUGAUCACAUGGCAGCAAUUCAAUUUCUCCAUUGGAAAGGGAGAAGAAGAUAUUGCAGACGCAAUCAAAUCAUAUGGAAAAUAA